AGGUGGGCAUCUUCGCUACGGGCUCCGGCGUUGCCCCCAUGCGCGCCGUCAUCGAGUCGGGCGCGCUUGACGGGAAGGUCAGCCGUCUCUACCUCGGCGCGCGUACCACAGCAGCGCUCGCGUACGAGGACCGCUUCGACGCGUGGCGAAAGCGCGGCGUGGAGGUGGUGCCCGUCCUCUCCAGGGCCGGGGACGGCUGGGCUGGCCGCGGCGGCUACGUCCAGGACGCGCUCAGGGAGGACGAGGAGCGUGGCGAGGGGUUCGUGCUCGCGGCGAAGCACGGGGCGCUGCUGUGCGGUCAGAAGGAGAUGGUGCAGGGCGUCCGCGAGGUGUACGCUGGCUUGGGCGUCCCAGAGGAGCGCACGCUGCUCAACUUCUGAGCGCCCCGAGCCGCCGCCCCGGCCGGGGUGCGCCGAGGGCGCCGCCCGUGGGCCCGUCGUGACAUCGCGCAAAA